CGGAGGAGUCUGACUGUGUAUGAAGGAUUAAGCAGGAUUGACGGCAACACAGCCGUACAACUGACGGCUAUUCCGACAUGGGGAAUACGGAUUCCAAACUGAAUUUCAGGAAGGCUGUCAUUCAGCUCACGACCAAAACCCAGCCAGUGGAGGCCACAGAUGAUGCCUUCUGGGAUCAGUUCUGGGCGGACCCCACCACCACGGUGCAGGACGUCUUCGCACUGGUGCCCGCCGCAGAGAUCCGCGCCGUGAGGGAGGAGUCCCCCUCCAACCUGGCAACUCUCUGCUACAAGGCGGUGGAGAAGCUGGUCCAGGGCGCGGAGUCGGGCUGCCCGUCGGAGAGGGAGAAGACGGUGGUGCUGAACUGCUGCCGCAUGCUGGCCCGCAUCCUGCCCUACAUCUUUGAAGACCAGGACUGGAGGGGCUUCUUCUGGUCCACCGUGCCUGGAGCAGGGAGAGCUGGGAUGGACGAGGUGGAUGAUGAUGAGGAUGACGAGGGGGCGCGUCCCCUGGCCGAGUCCCUGCUGCUGGCCAUCGCCGACCUGCUCUUCUGCCCAGACUUCACCGUGCAGAGCCACAAGAGGAACGGACCGGACUCUGUGGAGGACAUGCACUCCCUGGACAGCUGUGAGUACAUCUGGGAGGCAGGGGUCGGCUUUGCCCAGUCGCCACCGCUCAACUACAUACACGACCUCAACAGGACGGAGCUACUGAGGCUGCUGCUAACGUGUUUCUCGGAGGCCAUGUACCUCCCCCCCUCCUCUGAUAACAACAUCCUCAACCCCUGGGUCACCUUCUUCUGCUCCACGGAGAACAGGCAUGCCCUGCCUCUCUUCACCUCUCUCCUGAACGUGGUGUGUGCGUACGACCCGGUGGGCUACGGCAUCCCCUACAACCACCUGCUGUUUGCAGACUACCGGGAGGCGCUGGUGGAGCAGGCCCUGCAGAUCCUCAUCACCACGCUGGAGCACGAGGGGGGCAGCGGAGCUCACCGAGCACCCUCACCACACGGCAUAGACGAACAGGAGCCCUCAGGUCCAGAUAACCUCUUUGUCAACUACCUGUCCAGAAUCCACAGAGAAGAGGACUAUGACUUUGUGUUGAAGGGCCUGGCGCGCCUGCUGUCCAACCCCCUGGCCCAGACCUACCUGCCCAACUCCUCCAAGAAGAUCCAGUUCCACCAGGAGCUGCUGGUGCUCUUCUGGAAGCUAUGUGACUUCAACAAGAAAUUCUUGUAUUUUGUCCUGAAGAGCAGUGAUGUGCUGGACGUCCUGGUGCCUAUUCUCUUUUACCUUAAUGAUGCCAGAGCUGACCAGUCUCGAGUGGGGCUGAUGCAUAUUGGCGUGUUCAUCCUGCUAUUGCUGAGCGGGGAGAGGAACUUUGGCGUGCGGCUGAACAAGCCCUACUCCCUAAACGUGACUAUGGACAUCCCCGUCUUCACGGGCACACACGCCGACAUGCUCAUCAUUGUAUUUCACAAGAUCAUCACUAGUGGUCACCAGCGGUUACAGCCACUCUUUGACUGCCUGCUAACUAUUAUAGUGAAUGUUUCCCCGUACCUGAAGAGUCUGUCGAUGGUGUCCGCCAAUAAGCUUCUGCACCUGCUGGAGGCCUUCUCCACCCACUGGUACCUCUUCUCCGCCUCCCAGAACCACCACCUGGUCUUCUUCCUCCUCGAGGCCUUCAACAACAUCAUACAGUACCAGUUCGAUGGCAACUGUAAUCUUGUGUACGCCAUCAUCCGCAAGCGCAGCGUGUUCCACCAGCUGGCCAACCUGCCGACGGACGCGGCGACCAUCCAGCGGGCGCUGCAGCGUAAGAAGCAGAAGCCUGACACGCACGCCAUCUCCCGCACAAGCUCCCAGGAGACCGUCUCCAUGGAGGGCUCCCGACCCGCUGUGCCCGCAGAGCCCGGAACACUCAAGGCCAGCCUAGUCGCCAUUCCAGGCAUUGACAAGCUGACGGAGAAGUCCCAGGUGGGUGAGGACGGUACGAUGGUGGCUCUCCCUCGUAUGGACUCCCCCAAGGACAGAGAGGUCGAACCCAGCACCAGCGCAGGGGCCAGCGACACAGAGUCCAACUCAGGACGAGACAACGAGGAUGUAUUCUAUACAGAGGCAGAGAUGGAGAGGCGUCGGCUAUCCAGCACCUCUUCCUGCUCCUAUUGGAACCCCACACCUGAAUGGGCCCUGUCCUGGAAGUCCAAGCUGCCUCUGCAGACCAUCAUGAGACUGCUGCAGGUGCUCGUGCCUCAAGUGGAGAAGAUCUGCAUCGACAAGGGCCUGACGGAUGAGUCUGAGAUCCUCAAGUUCCUCCAGCAUGGCACGCUGGUGGGGCUGCUGCCCGUGCCGCACCCCAUCCUCAUCCGCAAGUACCAGGCCAACGCCGGCACCGCCAUGUGGUUCCGCACCUACAUGUGGGGCGUCGUCUACCUCCGCAACGUGGACCCUCCGAUCUGGUACGACACGGACGUGCGCCUCUUUGAGAUCCAGAGAAUGUAAGAGCGAAGGGGGAACCCUGACCAAGACCACAGCUACGGACAUCCCAGCAUGCCUCUCUCUAUCAGCGUUCAAACCUCUGUGUGUUACAUUUUAUACCUCUCUCUCUCCCUCGCCUUUCUCUCUCUCUCUCUCUCUCUCUCUCUCUCUCUCUGGUACGCUCUCUCCCUCUAAAUCCUCAGUGUUUUAUUAUUACAUCUUAACUCCAACACCCCUCCAUCUCCCGUCUCUGUCUUUUGUACCAUUUGAGCCUUUCUCUUUCUCUCUCCCUCUCCCUCUUUUUUCUCUCUAUGUUAAGUCAGCCAUCAUUACCUCCACCAGGUGCUUUUGGACCGUGUUCUGUUUUGCUCUGUUCGCCACCAUUUCUCCAUCCUCCGUUCGUGUCGCUUUGUGCGCCUCUGUUGGCCUUUGGCACCACAGGGUACUUCUCCACUUGUACUUUCAAAGCUUGGCCAGUGGGGGGCAGCAAUGGUAUUUGUGGCCAGAAUCUCAUCUCUGUCUUUUACAGUCAAUUCAGACACUUUCUAUAUGUACCGUAACUCAGAUUAAUUGUUUGUACCGUUUAUCAGCUAUGGAUUUUCAA